AUGGCAGAGCAAGACUCCACCGAGAAGAAACUUCCAGCUGUGGCUGCGCUGCACUCUCACUUCAUCGUGGGCUCUGUGUCAGAGGAAAACUCUGAGGAUGAGACCGCAGGGAAGCUGGACCUGCAGCUGGAGGACAAUCCACGCUCCCUUUCCCCCUCCUCCGUCAGUUCAGAUAGCACUUAUGAGAUGGGCUUCGACAGCCUGGACGGACCCUUGCACAAUAUGAGGCCUAGCAUGUCAGGACUUCACCUUGUGAAGCAGGGUAGGGACCGCAGACGUAUCGACCUGCAGAGGGAUUUUACUGUUGCUUCUCCAGCUGAGUUUGUCACCCGCUUCGGUGGAAACAAAGUUAUUGAGAAGGUCCUUAUUGCGAACAAUGGCAUUGCUGCAGUCAAGUGCAUGCGCUCUAUCCGACGCUGGGCUUACGAAAUGUUUCGGAAUGAACGGGCCAUACGCUUUGUUGUCAUGGUGACCCCAGAGGACCUUAAAGCUAAUGCAGAGUACAUCAAGAUGGCAGAUCACUAUGUGCCUGUGCCAGGAGGGACAAACAACAACAACUACGCUAAUGUGGAACUCAUCUUGGACAUUGCUAAACGAAUUCCUGUUCAAGCUGUGUGGGCUGGCUGGGGUCAUGCCUCUGAAAAUCCCAAACUUCCUGAAUUGCUGCACAAGAACGGCAUCGCCUUCAUGGGUCCUCCAAGUCAGGCUAUGUGGGCUCUCGGGGAUAAGAUCGCUUCCUCUAUUGUGGCCCAGACAGCAGGCAUUCCCACACUACCCUGGAGUGGAACAGGACUGACUGUAGAGUGGACAGAGAAUGACCAGAAGAAAGGGAUUAUUAAUGUUCCUACUGAGCUAUACGAGCAAGGCUGUGUGCACGACGUGGAGGCUGGACUGAAGGCUGCUGAACAAGUGGGCUUCCCUGUGAUGGUGAAGGCAUCUGAGGGCGGAGGAGGAAAAGGGAUCCGGAAAGUCAACUGUGCAGAAGACUUCCCCAACCUCUAUAGACAGGUUCAAGCUGAGGUUCCAGGUUCCCCGAUUUUUGUCAUGCAAUUGGCCAAACAUGCUCGUCAUCUGGAGGUUCAGAUCUUGGCUGAUCAGUACGGUAAUGCCAUCUCUCUGUUCGGCCGUGAUUGCUCCGUGCAGCGCAGACACCAGAAGAUCAUUGAAGAAGCCCCGGCUACUAUCGCUACAUCAGACGUGUUUGAAGAUAUGGAGAAGUGUGCUGUGAAGUUGGCGAAGAUGGUGGGCUAUGUGAGUGCGGGUACAGUGGAGUAUCUGUACAGUCAGGACAGCAGCUUUUACUUCCUGGAGCUCAAUCCACGUCUUCAAGUGGAACAUCCUUGUACUGAGAUGGUGGCUGACGUUAACCUGCCAGCAGCUCAACUGCAGAUUGCUAUGGGCAUCCCACUUCACCGUAUUAAAGACAUCAGAGUGCUGUAUGGGAUGCAGCCAUGGGGAGAUUCCCCCAUUGACUUUGAUGGACUCUCUACCACCCCCUGUCCACGAGGACAUGUCAUUGCAGCUCGAAUUACCAGUGAGAACCCAGAUGAGGGUUUUAAACCCAGCUCUGGAACUGUCCAGGAAUUAAAUUUCCGCAGUAACAAAAAUGUGUGGGGCUACUUCAGCGUGGCGGCAGCUGGAGGACUGCAUGAGUUUGCAGACUCUCAGUUUGGCCACUGCUUCUCCUGGGGAGAGAACCGUGAGGAAGCCAUCUCAAACAUGGUGGUGGCCCUCAAGGAGCUGUCCAUCAGAGGAGACUUCAGGACUACAGUGGAGUAUCUCAUAAAGCUGCUUGAAACGGAGAGUUUCCAGCACAACAGCAUUGACACAGGAUGGCUGGACAGGCUCAUCUCUGAGAAGAUGCAGGCAGAGCGUCCUGAUACUAUGCUGGGGGUAGUAAGUGGAGCUCUGCAUGUGGCUGAUGUUAACUUCAGGAACAGUGUGUCCAACUUCCUGCACUCACUGGAGAGAGGGCAGGUUUUACCAGCACACACGCUGCUGAACACGGUGGAUGUGGAGCUUAUCUACGAAGGCACCAAGUAUGUGCUGAAGGUGACCAGGCAGUCUCCUAACUCUUAUGUGGUCAUCAUGAAUUGCUCUUCGGUAGAGGUGGAUGUUCAUCGCUUGAGUGACGGUGGUAUGUUGCUCUCGUAUGAUGGCAGCAGCUACACCACCUACAUGAAGGAGGAGGUAGACAGGUAUCGCAUCAUUAUCGGGAAUAAGACGUGUGUGUUUGAAAAGGAGAACGACCCUUCAGUCCUUCGCUCUCCUUCUGCUGGGAAACUCAUCCAGUAUACAGUGGAGGAUGGAGGACAUGUGUUUGCUGGACAAUGUUAUGCAGAGAUAGAGGUGAUGAAGAUGGUGAUGACUCUGACGGCCUCAGAGUCUGGCUGUAUUCACUAUGUGAAGAGAGCAGGUGCAGUGCUGGAGCCAGGUUGCAUCAUUGGCAAACUGCAGCUAGAUGACCCCAGCAGAGUACAGCAGGCGGAGUUGUAUACAGGAACUUUACCCAGCAUUCAGUCUGUGGCUCUCAGGGGAGAGAAGCUUCACAGAGUCUUCCACAGCACUCUGGGUCACUUAGUGCACAUUAUGAACGGCUACUGUCUGCCAGAGCCUUUCUUCAGUGCCAAGCUGAAAGAAUGGGUGGAGCGUCUUAUGAAGACUCUAAGGGACCCCUCCCUACCCCUGCUGGAGCUUCAGGACAUCAUGACCAGUGUUUCAGGCCGAAUCCCUCCUGCGGUGGAGAAGGCCAUCAAAAAAGAAAUGGCUCAGUAUGCCAGCAACAUCACCUCUGUCCUCUGCCAGUUUCCCAGCCAGCAGAUUGCCAAUAUACUGGACAGUCAUGCUGCCACGCUGAACAGGAAGUCAGAGAGAGAGGUCUUCUUCAUGAACACACAGAGCAUCGUACAGCUGGUUCAGAAGUACCGCAGUGGCAUCAGAGGACAUAUGAAAGCAGUGGUGAUGGAUCUCCUCAGGCAGUAUUUGAGAGUGGAGGUUCAGUUUCAGCAUGGUCACUAUGACAAGUGUGUAUUUGCACUACGAGAGGAAAACAAAGUAGACAUGGCCAAUGUGCUCAACUACAUAUUCUCUCAUGCUCAAGUCACAAAGAAGAACUGUCUGGUCACCAUGCUGAUUGAUCAGCUAUGUGGGCGAGACCCGACCCUGACGGACGAGCUGAUGGCCAUACUCACAGAGCUCACACAGCUCAGCAAGACCACCAAUGCCAAGGUGGCAUUGCGGGCACGGCAGGUUCUCAUCGCUUCUCACCUUCCCUCAUAUGAGCUGCGACACAAUCAGGUGGAAUCCAUUUUCCUGUCUGCCAUCGACAUGUAUGGACACCAGUUCUGCAUUGAGAACCUGCAGAAACUGAUCCUGUCAGAAACAUCCAUCUUUGAUGUGCUGCCAAAUUUCUUUUACCAUAGUAAUCAGGUGGUACGGAUGGCUGCUCUCGAGGUGUAUGUUCGUAGAGCUUACAUCGCUUAUGAACUCAACAGCGUCCAGCACCGUCAGCUGAAGGACAACACCUGCAUCGUGGAGUUCCAGUUCAUGCUGCCCACAUCCCACCCCAACAGAGGGAACAUCCCCACUCUAAACAGGAAACUGUCUGCCCCACUGCAGGACUACAAACCUCCAGCUAACACAGCUAACACUAGUGGAGCCACAGAGGCAGCUAGUGACUCUGCUGAGAGUGAGGACAGAAUGUCCUUUUCCUCAAACCUGAACCACUACGGCAUGGUCCACGUGGCCAGCGUUAGUGAUGUGCUCCUAGACACCUCCUUUACCCCACCCUGUCAGCGCAUGGGAGCCAUGGUUUCCUUCCGCUCUUUCCAGGAGUUCACCAGGAACAUAAAGGAUGUUCUGAGCUGUUUCUCAGACUCUCCUCCAUCAACUCCAACCUUUCCUGAAGGGGGGAACCCUGUGCUGUAUAGAGAGGAGGACAGCAAGAGCAUUCAAGAUGAGCCCAUUCAUAUUCUUAAUGUGGCAAUAAAGACGGACAGUGAUAUUGAUGAUGAUGGGCUGGCGGCCAUGUUUCGUGAGUUUACACAGUCUAAGAAAUCUCUGCUGUUUGACCACGGCAUCCGAAGACUUACCUUCCUGGUUGCUCAGAAGGAUUUCAGAAAGCAAAUCAACUGUGAGGUGGACCAGAGGUUCCAUAGAGAAUUCCCCAAAUUUUUUACAUUCCGGGCUCGAGACAAGUUUGAGGAAGACCGUAUCUACAGACACUUGGAACCUGCAUUAGCUUUCCAGCUGGAGCUCAACCGCAUGCGUAAUUUUGCACUGACAGCCAUCCCCUGUGCCAAUCAUAAGAUGCACCUGUACUUGGGAGCUGCCCGUGUGGAAGUAGGCACUGAGGUCACAGAUUACCGCUUCUUUGUGCGGGCAAUCAUCCGUCACUCAGAUUUGGUCACCAAGGAAGCAUCAUUUGAGUACCUGCACAACGAGGCAGAACGCUUGCUGCUGGAGGCCAUGGAUGAACUGGAAGUGGCUUUCAACAACACCACUGUGCGAACCGACUGCAAUCACAUCUUCCUCAACUUCGUUCCAACAGUCAUCAUGGACCCUUCAAAGAUUGAGGAAUCUGUGCGCUCCAUGGUCAUGCGCUACGGCAGUCGCUUGUGGAAGCUCCGUGUGCUUCAAGCCGAGCUGAAGAUCAACAUCCGAUUGACUCCCACCGGCAAACAGAUCCCCAUCCGCCUCUUCCUGACCAACGAGAGUGGCUACUACCUGGACAUCAGCCUGUACAAGGAAGUCACUGACUCCCGUACAGGACAGGUGGGGCACAAAGACCGACAGAUCAUGUUCCAGGCAUAUGGAGAUAAGCAGGGUCCUCUUCAUGGCAUGCUCAUCAACACACCCUACGUCACAAAAGACCUGCUGCAGUCCAAACGCUUCCAGGCACAGAGCCUCGGCACUACCUAUGUUUACGACUUCCCAGAAAUGUUUCGCCAGGCUUUAAGGAAGCUGUGGCAAUCCAUGGAUGCACACGCCAACUUGCCCAAGUGCCCUCUUCCAUCAGAACUGCUCACCUUCACAGAGCUGGUUCUGGAUUCUCAGGGUCAGCUGGUGCAGAUGAACCGCCUACCUGGAGGGAAUGAGAUUGGCAUGGUAGCAUGGCGAAUGACCCUCCGGACCCCUGAGUAUCCAGCCGGCCGUGAGAUUAUAGUGAUCAGCAAUGACAUCACACAUAAGAUUGGCUCGUUUGGGCCACAAGAAGAUGUUCUGUUCCAGCAAGCUUCAGAAAUGGCAAGAGAAAGUGGCAUUCCACGGAUCUAUAUUGCUGCCAACAGCGGAGCUCGUAUAGGCCUGGCAGAGGAGAUCAGACACAUGUUUCAUGUGGCCUGGCAGGAUCCGGUGGACCCAUACAAGGGUUUUAAGUACCUAUACCUCACACCACAGGACUAUAAGAAGGUGUCUGCUCUGAACUCAGUCCACUGUGAACAUGUGGAGGAUGAGGGGGAAUCCAGGUAUAAAAUCACUGAUAUCAUUGGGAAAGAGGAAGGGUUGGGUGUGGAGAACUUGAGAGGUUCUGGCAUGAUCGCAGGUGAAUCGUCACUGGCGUAUGAGGAUAUUAUCACCAUGAAUCUGGUGACAUGCAGGGCCAUUGGAAUCGGAGCGUACUUGGUGAGACUGGGCCAAAGAACCAUACAGGUGGAAAACUCUCAUAUCAUCCUGACUGGAGCCGGAGCUCUCAAUAAGGUUCUCGGGCGUGAGGUGUACACUUCCAAUAACCAACUGGGUGGAGUACAGAUCAUGCACAAUAACGGAGUCACACACACCAAUGUGUGCGAUGAUUUUGAGGGAGUGUAUACAUUGCUGCACUGGCUGUCUUACAUGCCAAAGAAUAUGUCCAGCCCUGUGCCGAUACUCUCUGCUAAAGAUCCCAUUGAUCGAGCGAUAGAGUUUGUCCCAACCAAGGCACCUUAUGACCCACGCUGGAUGCUAGCUGGACGUCCCAAUCAGAACAUUAAGGGUGCAUGGGUGAGUGGGUUCUUCGACCAGGGCUCUUUUCUGGAGAUCAUGCAGCCAUGGGCACAGAGUGUUGUCGUAGGACGGGCCAGGUUGGGUGGGAUCCCAACUGGAGUAGUUGCCGUGGAAACCCGAUCAGUGGAGCUUUCAAUCCCAGCAGACCCAGCUAAUCUGGACUCGGAAGCCAAGAUAAUCCAGCAGGCUGGGCAAGUGUGGUUCCCUGAUUCUGCUUUCAAAACUGCACAAGCCAUUAAAGACUUCAAUAGAGAGGGACUUCCGCUUAUAGUGUUUGCCAACUGGAGAGGUUUUUCUGGAGGCAUGAAAGACAUGUAUGACCAGGUGCUGAAGUUUGGAGCGUAUAUAGUGGACGGUCUGAGAGAGUACAGACAGCCGGUUCUGGUGUAUAUCCCACCACAGGCGGAGCUCCGGGGAGGAUCAUGGGUUGUCAUAGACCCUACUAUCAAUCCUCGCCACAUGGAAAUGUAUGCAGACAAAGACAGCCGUGGCGGUGUGCUGGAGCCUGAAGGCACAGUGGAGAUCAAGUUCCGCAAAAAAGACCUGGUGAAGACCAUGCGACGGGUGGACCCUGUGUACAUGGGGCUUGCAGAAAGACUGGGAACCCCAGAGUUGAGUGUGUCUGAGCGUAAAGAGCUGGAGAGUAAACUAAAAGAGAGAGAAGAGUUCCUGCUGCCCAUAUAUCAUCAAGUAGCUGUUCAGUUCGCUGACCUUCAUGACACACCGGGCCGCAUGCAGGAGAAAGGAGUCAUCACUGAUAUCCUUGAGUGGAGCACGUCUCGGCAGUUUUUCUACUGGCGUUUGCGGAGGUUAUUGCUGGAGGAAACGGUGAAGAGGAAGAUCCAGUGUGCUAACAGUGAGCUGACGGACGGACAGGUUCAGGCUAUGCUUCGCCGUUGGUUCGUGGAAGCAGAGGGAGCUGUGAAAGCGUAUUUGUGGGACAGUAAUGAAGAUGUGGUGGAGUGGUUGGAGAGGCAGCUGGCAGAGGAAGAAGGCGCCAGAUCCGUCAUCGACGAGAAUAUCAAAUAUAUUCGCAGAGAUCACAUCCUCAAACAGAUCCGCAGCCUGGUUCAAGCUAACCCUGAGGUGGCUAUGGACUCCAUUGUACACAUGACCCAGCACAUUUCCCCCACACAGCGCGCCGAAGUCGUCCGCAUCCUCUCCACCAUGGACACCCCAGCCUCCUCGUAGAAUCUCAAAAGCCUGAUCUUACUGGAAACCGCAAAUAGAGGAGCCAACAUGGAGGUUUCUGUGACUGACUUUAUGUUGUUGGCUAUGAUUCUGAAAGUAGUCUUAAGAAUGCACAGCAACGCGCACCUUUAGAAACACUAAAAAAAUAAAAGUCCUAGUGUUGUCGUUUAUAGUUCUGCAGUCUAGUCAAGUGCACUUUUAAUCAGCUCUAGAUGAACAGAGACCAAUUAGAACAAGCUGCCGUUUGUUUUAUUUUCUAGAACGUUUAUUUGUUUAAAAAGAAGUGCGUUACUGUAUGAGUGUGAAAGUUUGCAUAUGUUGUAAUCAGUUUUAUUUUAUAACAGUCAGGUUGUAACACUAGUUCACGCUUGAAGCGAGCGAGUUGACAACUGGAUCACUCCUGAUUCACUGGUUAUAAUGGAAGAGAUGGAAGUGUAGAUGUUUCUCUUUACAUGCAGGAUGGUCAGCUGAGCCAAAUGACCCCAUCAGUUUGUUACUGUACUUGUUUCAUGCCCUUGUAGCUUAACCAAAAAAAAAAAGUUUUUUUUUUGUUUAAAUAUAUAUCCACUUGUUAUAAGUAUUCAGUUUGUUUAUCCUUUUUUAGCAUAAAUAUGAAUAUAUAAUGCUGAGAAGUCAUUAAUAACUUAUUAAAUGUAAAAAAGCGCUGCACUCUGUAGUAUAACGUGGUACAUAAUACUGUAAGUGUGUAACUGUAGAACAUUCAACUGUAACUGUAGAACAUUCAACCUGUUGAAUUUGAUUGUUACAAUAUGAAUAUUCUGGAAUGACAAACCAGGAGAGGAUCAAUAUUGGAAAAGAAUACUUGAGAGAUGAAUUGAGUUACACAAGAGAUCACAAUGUCAGUUAUGUCACAACUAAGAGACACGAUGCUCAGUUGUGUCCUCAUUGAUAUUACAGUAUGCUGGUGGUUUGUGUGACUGGAAAACCUCAAGAUGUUACUCCAAUUCCAGAUUGCGAGCACUACUGCUGGACUCGAUGAAAGAUUGCGUCAAGUCCACUGUCAUGGUGUGACCAUCAGGGUGGUAAAUUGUUUAUCAGUGAACUGAGAUCAGAAGCUAUCAACCUGCCUGGUCAAAAUGGAGGAUUUUGUGUUUACUAAGGCAAUGUUUUGUUGCCUCUAAAAAUAAAUAAAUGAAUAAUAAAAGUCAAA